CAGAUAAGCAGCAUCGACGGUUUCUAUCGCAUCUGCCAGAUGCGGUAUCGCAUCAGUGAGUGACGCACGUGUGAAUGACACAUCUCAUUUGCGCUUAAAGUUAUCAAACAUGGGAGUGAAUGAAGAAAAUGUGAGACCCAAGGGCCUUGGCGUCCGGCAUGCACAAACGGCAUUGCUCUUCCUGGCGAUGCUGUUAGCUUACACAAUGCGUGUCAACAUGAGCAUGGCCAUCGUCAGCAUGACAGACAAAACGAACGAAAACUAUUUCGACUGGAGCCACGUGCAGCAGUCUGUGAUCCUGUCAUCCUUCUUCUGGGGCUACGUGGUGUUGCAAAUACCAGCUGGUGAGCUGGCCAGUCGGUUUGGGGGCAAGAUGCUUAUGGCCAUAGCAAUCAGUGUAAAUUCGGCUCUGUCACUCCUGCUACCCUUUGGGGCCACUUACGGAGGCUGGCAGAUGGUUUGCGGAUUCCGGGUCCUCCAGGGUCUGACGCAAGCCUUCGUUUUUCCAUCCAUGCACCAUCUGGUGGCACAGUGGAUACCCCUUGAGGAGAAAGGAUUACUAACAACUAUUAUUUAUGCCGGCGCUCAACUAGGCAUUGCUCUUCAGCUAAUCGCAGCUGGUUUCUUAGCGACGUACCUCGGAUGGGCGUCCAUUUUCUACGUAAACGGAACCCUAGGGGCAAUAUGGACGGCGUUGUAUUUGUGCUUUGGAUCUAAUUCUCCGGAACAAUCAAAGAUUAUGUCGGAACAGGAGCUCAAGUAUAUACAAAAGUCGCUGGGAAGAGUUGGAGCUCAUGAGAAACACCCGACCCCGUGGUUAAAGAUAAUGACAUCGCUUCCCUUCUGGGCAGUGAUAAUCGCUCAUUGUGGACAAAACUGGGGAUUUUUCACACUGAUGACUGAAAUACCUACUUACAUGGCUAAAGUACUUGGAGUUAACCUGAAAAGUAACGGCAUGUUAUCAGCUCUUCCGUACCUGGCGAUGUAUUUGCUAAGCUUCCCAAUGGGCGCGAUGACAGAUCUUAUCAUCAGACGAAACUGGCUCAGCGUCUCGAAUACUAGGAAACUUUCCAAUUCUAUAGGUUUGUGGGGCCCUGCUAUAGCUCUAAUCGGGUUAUCAUAUUCGCCAGCUGGCAAUAUGGUGAUGGCUGUAAUCAUGCUUACUGUAGCUGUUGGUAUCAACGCUGGUCAGUACACUGGCUAUAUGUUGGUUCAUAUCGAUUUGGCGCCUAACUUCAGCGCCAAUUUGAUGGGCAUCACGAAUUUCGCGGCAAAUAUCAUCUCCAUCAUUGCUCCACUUGUUUGCGGACUUAUUGUUAAUGACGAGACGGACCCAGCUGAAUGGCGCAAGGUAUUCUUCGUGGCAUCAGCGGUAUAUUUCGCUACAAAUCUCUUCUUUGUACUCUUCAGUACGUCUGAGAGGCAGCCAUGGAACGAACCUGAAGAUAAGGAUAUCGAAAUGAGGAUCACAGAAAAGACAAACAAUGUUACGACCAAAUUUUGAAGAAAAGGCUGACUGAUUAAUUAAAUACUGAUAGCUGUACCUGAAAAAAUAAUACUUUUAUAAAUUAUAAGUGUUAAAUGUAAAUAAAACUGUAUUAUUACAC